ACUGACAAGCAUAUGGUAAGCGUUGCAAAAACUUGAGAGGAAUCUUGGCAUAUCACAGGCUCAAAGCUAGAAGCUCGUGAUGCAACUAGCACGACGAUCGAUCGCCCAUUCGCUCAUGCGCGAGGAGCUGAAUAAUGAUGGAUCUUGCAGGGCGCCGCCAUCGGCAUCAUCUGCGCCGCCAUCCUGCUCGCCGGCCUCGCCGGCCCCGCGUGCCGCGCGGCCGGCGGCGACCUCCUGUUCGACGUCGUGGCCCACGGCGCGAGAGGCGACGGCACCACGGACGACACCAAGGUACGUGAGUCCAACAUCCGGUCGACGGCGCCGGCCGGGCGUGCUCACUGUUCCGUGGUGUGUGUCUCUGGUUUCUCUCAAGGCGUUCCAGGCCGCGUGGGCGCCAGGGGGCGUCGGCGACGAUGGUCGUGCCGGCUCGGAGGUCGUUCCUCGUCGGCCCCGUGAACUUCCACGGGCCCUGCGCCCCCGGAAGAAUCACCGUGCAGGUCCGGGGCAAGAUUACGGCGCCACCAUCGACGGCGGUGAGCACAUGGAGCAGGGUGAGGAACAACUACUGGCUCAUGUUCAGUCGCGUGGACGGUCUCCUCGACGGCAAUACAAUGGCCAAAGCUGGUGGGUCAGGAAAUACAGCGACGUCCCUUGCGUUCAGUCAGCACCGACGGCGCUGACGCUGGUGAGGUGCAACAACCUGGAGGUGAGUCGGAUCAGCAGCAAGGACAGCCCGCAGAUGCACGUCGCCAUCCUCCAGAGCAGCGGCAUCACCCUGCGGAAGCUCAACAUCACCGCGCCGGGGAGCAGCCCGAACACGGACGGCAUCCACAUCGAGCAGAGCCAGAACGUGCGGGUCGCCGACUCCAGGAUCGGCACGGGCGACGACUGCAUCUCCGUAAGCUCCGGCAGCAGCUUCGUCGCCGUCGACGGCAUCGAGUGCGGGCCUGGCCACGGAGUAAGUAUCGGGAGCCUGGGCAAGAAUGGAGACACGGCCGCCGUGGAGUUCGUCGACGUGAGGAAUGUUCGCUUCACCGAUUCGAUGAACGGGGCCAGGAUCAAGACGUGGGAGGGUGGACAAGGGUACGCAAAAUCCAUCUCGUUCACCAACAUAGAAUUCGACAACGUGGACCACCCCGUGCUCAUCGACCAAUUCUACCGAGACCGCUCUGUGCAGGUGGGCGUGGCGAUCAGCAACGUCACGUACAGCAACCUGAGGGGCACCUCAAGCCGGGCAACGACCGUCGCGUUCGACUGCAGCGGCGGCGGCGGCUGCACGGACAUCCAUGUCAACUCCAUGGUGAUCACGGGGCCAGGUGGCCGGCGAACAGUCGCCCGCUGCCGGAACGCGCAGGUGGCCAUCUCCGGACAGGUUUACCCGGAGAUCCCGUGCCGCAGCUAGUGGACGGGGAAGGUCUACAUGCCCCGUCAUGAUGUAGCCUCCUUGCCAUUGCAGAAAGUUGCCGUCUGCACUGAAGAAACUGUUGUAAC